CCGGGUGACGCCCCUCCCCUGCCUCCCUCCAGCAUCAGCACCUCCACAGCGAACAGGGCGACCCGCGGCCGGAGGAGGAUGCUCUCCGGACUGUGAUGCUCACAUCUUCCAGGGGGACGACUCACCCGACACACGGCCGGGUGCACGUCAAGGAUCGCUGCACGUUUUUGCCGCCUCGCUGCCUCCAUUCAUCACGCACCAUUCAUGCUUCCCCAAGAAUGGGAGCACACCGCGCGGGCAACAUUAAAAGCGGCAGCCUUUUGUAUCGCCCCUCCGUCUCUGCUGUAAGAGACCGGCCGCAGCGCGUCUGAUGCAGCGACUCUGCUGGAGCGUCUCCUCAUGUAGGUCAAAGUGAUGGAGAGCCCGCUUUUUGUGUUUUGAGGGCGCCGCGCGGAUGUCUGGCUGAGACCACACGAGGAGGAGAGCCGAGCAAACAAAAGGCAUCCAGCGGCCCCCACCAUCCCCACCCCCCACCCCGCCUCUGACGCACCUGGCUGCCCUGUCGCCACCUGACAUGACAGCGCGGAGCCGGGAGCAGAGCAGCAGGAUCGAGGGGCACCGACGUGCAGCCGGACGCGUGGACUCGACACGGAGCCGUGGAGCCUCCGGACGCCCCGCGGAGGAGCAGCAGCAGCAGCAGCAGCAGCAGCAGCAGCAGCAGCCCCGGGGAGGCCGGAUUGCAGUUUCUGGGGACGAGCGCCAAGGGCAGUGCGGCAGUCAGCAGGCAGACCGGGGGGAGGAGGCUGCGGAGAUCUGUGAUACUUCCCCCCCAGUCCCCCACUGCGCUCCCACUUCCAUACCAUCACAUCCUGACAAUAUGAUGGUGGAUGCCUCUAUGUUUGAUCAAUGGUGACUGUGAUACCCCUCCCCAUCAGUGUCUCUCCCUCACCCCCCCCACCUCUCCCAACUAUCAGUGAUGAUGGGUAUUUAAAAUAUUAGAUCUGCUCUUCAGGCAAGGGUGGAAUCCGGAGGGGACUGAUGUGCAUACUGGCCAGGUACCAUUUGCUCCCUUCUCUGGUUUUGCUCAUCCUGCUUGUCGCCUGCACCAUGGGCUGUAUUCAGAGCAUUGCAUGCAAGCCCCGCAUCAGGCGGGAGAACAUUGUGGUGUAUGAGGUGUCAGCCUCCAUAGACCAGUGUCCCACCAUCAUUGAGGAGAACUCCCCCAUUGUGCUCCGUUACAAGACGCCUUACUUCAGGGCCUCAGCGGGAGUUGUGAUGCCACCAGUGCCCCGCAAUGAAACCUGGGUGGUGGGCUGGAUCCAAGCCUGCACCCAGAUGGAGUUCUACAACACCUAUGGCGAUAUUGGGAUGUCCAGUUGGGAGUUACCUGAGCUGCGAGAGGGUCGAGUCAAGGCCAUCAGCGACUCAGAUGGCGUCAGCUACCCCUGGUACGGCAACACCACCGAGACGGUCACCCUCACCGGCCCCACGUCCAAACCGUCCCGUCUGACCGUCGGCAUGAAUGACAACUUCUACCCGAGUGUGACCUGGGCAGUCCCCAUCAGCAACAGCAACACGCCCAUGCUGACCCACAUCACGAGGGACCAGAGUUUCAUCACCUGGCUGGUAGCCAUGAACUCCGUCACCAAGGAGCGUAUUGUGUUGCAGACGGUGCGGUGGCGGAUGCGUGUGGACAUAGCUGUAGAUCCAGACAUGCCUCUGGGCUCCCGGGCCUCACUGAUGGGUCGUUCCUUCCAGGAGCAGCCACACAUCCUCAACUACCAGGAGCCCAUCCCUCCCAACGCGCUGGGGAGGCCCAACGCCAACGACGCCCAAGUGCUAAUGUGGAGGCCACGGAGAGGGGCUCCACUUGUAGUAAUACCGCCAAAAUAAGAGGGUCAAGAAGCUGCACAGACAAAAUAAAGUCUAAUUGUUCCCUUUUGCUGAAAAAUGAGGGUCGUGAAGUUUGAUUAAGUCUGUCAAAGAGGAGAGAACUGAUGGUUUCAGUGUGCUCAAGAUGCCAGCGGAUCAUUAUACCUGAGAGAUUUUAGUGGAACAUUGAAGCAAGCUGGAGUGGAUAUUACUGUUUGGAUCUGACACAGAAUGGUGUCAGGGGAAAAUGGGUCAGCAGUGAACUAGUGUCAGGGGCCUGGAGUUGCGCUGGGGCUUGUUUGGCCCCUGGCAAGUUUUGGACUGCUUUGAGAAGACUGUUUUUAGACGUACCGCGGAGGUAAUAGUCCACAACCAGAACUGCAUCCUGCAUCCUUAUGUAGAUCUUAUUGCAUGAGAGAUUGAGAGACAAAAAAAACCUGUCGUUGAGAAGUUUAAGAAUAGCAUUUGUUUUUUUACAACUUGGUACGUGAAGACAUUUUGAUUGAAAAGUCAGCCAAAAAACCCUGCGGCUGGUUAAACCUCGUCCAAUCAAGGCCUUCAGAACUCUCCAGAGUUACAGGAUGUAUUCAGAAAAUUUAAGAGACAAAAGUAUUAUAUUAUUAUAUAUGGAUCUUUUUAGGUUAAGAUUUCAGUCAUACAUCAAUCAGAUUGUAUUAAGAACACCCACCCCAGGUGAUCAAAUGUGCUGUAGUUGUCACUGGAGUUUUGCUAACACACCAAACUUAUGCACAGACAUGUUCCAGCCUCUGUAGUGCAGCUGAUUCUGUUGUAUUCAGGCGGGUGACAAAGCAUCAGAGAGAUGAGCUGGACCUGUUACCACUUUAAAUAAAUAAUGUCAGCUAUGCUCUAAAUAAGUGUGGUGUAAAUGACUUGGAAUAGUGCCAUACAGCAGAUUUAAAACAGGACGGUGGCGGCUGCCGCGGCCACAUCGUAUAUAUGUCACAGCUGGAACGGGGCCGAGCUGAACUCAGACCAAGGGCAGAUUUGAUGUGGCGAUCGGGUCAUGUUGCACUACAAAGUUACACCAAUCUUCCUACAAUCAGGGAAACUAAAUGUACUCUUCAAGUUGAUAGCUUCCUUGAUGUGGAAUUAAACAUGACUGAAUUUA